AUGGCUGCCAGGGCAGCGGCGGCGGCGGGCGUCGGGAGGGACGAAGAGGCGGUGCUGCUCCUCGACAAGGCCCAUUACCGGCACGACCCGCGCUGGCUGCUGCCCGUGUCCCCACGCCUCUGCCUGGCCUGCGCGCUGGAGCUGCUGCCGGAGCCCGGCGUGUCGUUGGUGCGCAAGAGGCACGUGGUGUCCUGCUUCCGUGAUGCCCUCGUGAGGCAUACCUCCCUGGUCACACAGCUGGUGGCUCAGGACCAGAGAGUCUGCAUCCACUUCAUACAGAUACUUUUUGGACUGUUACGCAGUGUGGAAGAUGGGAGUGCAAUAGACCUCUGUAUUGAAGUCCUUAUCCAGCUGACAACGCAGCUGAAGCUGGAGCAGACCGUCCAUUGCCUGCUGAAUGAGUGCCACAAAGAGCUGUGUAACAUGCCCUCCGUGCGAGGCAGCCUGGUCACCUUCACCCUCCUUGGCAAGUUGGUGGAUGCCAUCCCUGCUCUGGCAGACAAGCUUGUGAUGGAGCACGGCAAACUGAUGGAGCAUCUCUUGAGAGGCCUGGCGUACCCCAAUGAGGGGGUGCAGGCUUCCGUGUGCUACCUCUACGGGAAGCUCUACUCCUCCCCGAUGGCCGCUGAGGUGCUUUCAGGCCACUUCCGAGAGAAGCUGUGUCCCCUCUUCCUCUCCACUCUGGAUGUUGCCCAGACAAAGGAGCUACAGAUCAACUGCUUGGGUUUGCUGAGGCAGCUGCUGAAGUAUGAUCUCUUUGUGUCUGUGAUCAUGAACAAAUCUGCAUUGGCCGAGAGUGCUGAGAGUGCUGGGCGACUGCCAGGAGAGACUUCACUGCCCUUGGUGCUCAAAAAGCUUCUCCUCUCCAGAGAUGAGACGCUGCAGGUGGCCAGUACCCAUUGUAUAACUGCAGUGCUGGUCCACUCCCCAGCGAAGUAUGCCCUGGCCUUCAUCCAUGCUGAUAUCCCAGAGUUCCUCUUCGAACACCUUUCCUCUUCCAGUGAAGUGCUUGUCUGGUCCAGCUGCAGCUGCUUGAUACUCCUGGCAGAAGAGCCGCUCUUCUUUUCCAAGUGCCACACGGUGUACGGGAUCGAGGCAGUGGUGAGGAGCCUGCAGGGAAGCCUGAAGAUGAACAACACGGAGCUGCAUAAGCAGGGUCUGCUGCUCCUUGCUGAGAUCCUGACUCGGCAGCCAGAGGAGAUCAGGCUGUUCACAAGCUCCGCCAUGUGCAGAAGUGCUGCCCGCGCCCUCCGAGAGGCGGUGAGCAGUCCUGUGCUGGAGGUGGCUGCAGAGGCAGUGAAGGCCACUUCCGCUUUCCUGAGGAAGGAUCAUCAGAGUGCUCUACCUGUGCAGUACAGGGAGCUGCGGGCCUUGCUUGAAGCCGUGCUGGGCCGGUGUGUGGAAUUCUCCCAGGCUCCACUGAACAGAAGGCCCCUGGGCCAUGCCUCCAAUAGGGAUUCAGAGAAGGCCAUUUUUCAAAGGGGAAGGUUCCUCCUGAGCACUCUGGAGGGCUUUAGAAAUGCCUGCAGGUUGGCUGUGGAAUUCCAGAGUGAGCCUUUGGCCCAGGAGAAUCCAUUCACAGCUCCAAGCGCCGAGAAAGAAGAUACGCUGGAAGCCUUCUCAGAAUUUCUUCUCGGUGUCUGUGACUCUCUGUGUAUCCCCAUGGUGAUGAGGCACUUGGAGCAGGCCACUCAGCCAGCCUUGAUGGAAGUUUUCCUGUCUAUUCUACACAGCCUGUUCGUCAUCGUUCCCCACAUGAAGGAGAAGUUCUCGAAGAAACUCGCUGCCUCAUCUUUCAUACAACUGACCCUGGAGCUGAAGGCCAUGUUCUGCAGUGGCCCGAGCUACUCAGCCCUAAACCAGGUGUGUUCCAGUUUCCUCUACUACAUGUGUCUCAACCUGCUCUCAGCUCCAGAGAAGACAGGACCACCUUCCCAAGAAGAACUCUCUGCAGUAUCUGAGAUCCUGCAGCACAGGCUGCCCCAGAUAAGCAGCAGAAGCCUUGAAAGCCUGGCCUUCCUGUCCGAUCGCCAGUAUGUGGAGGGAGCAGCUCGCCAGAGACAGUACUGCAUCCUGCUCCUCUUCUACCUGGCCUACAUCUACGAGGACAGGUUUGUCUCAAAGGCUGAGUUAUCUGUGGCUGUGCAGAGCUUCCUCCUGUCUCUGCAGGACCAGGGCGAGUGCCCUCCGCUGAUUGUCCUCAAAGCCUCCAUCUACCUGCUUGCAAUCUGCCAGGACCAGGACAGUGCGCUGGAAGAGGUGGUGGUCAGUGCAAUCAGAAAAUUUCUGGAAGGCAUCGUGGACCUGCACCUGGUCUACACCCACCACCCACUCCUUCUCAGGUUCUUCCUGUUAUAUCCAGAGCUGAUGAGUAGGUUUGGGCAGCGUGUUCUGGAACUGUGGUUCUCCUGGGAAGAUAGCAGCUGCGAGGAACCGGAUGACGUCCCCAGUGCUGGGCAUCCCGCCCUUCCUGCCAGCGUAGCAGCUCUGUUUCAGGUGCUCAGAAGCAGCCCCAGCAUCCUGCUCAUUUUGCUGGACCUCAUCUAUUCCAGCCCGGUGGACACAGCCCGCAAGGUACUGAUUGUCCUGAGGACCUUCCUGAGGAGGAAUGAGGAUGUGCAAGUGGGCGGUCUCAUCCGAGGCCACUUCCUGCUCAUCCUGCAGCACCUGCUGGUGGAGCAUGGGGCCUCUCCCUCAGGAGCCUCGGGAAACCUGCCACUGCUGCUGAGCCUCCUCUCCUUGGUGCAGCUGAGGAGCAAGGCAGAGCAGGAGCUGGACAGCAUGGCCAUGAAGCUCCUUCACCAAGUGAGCAAGCUGUGUGGGAAGUGCAGUCCCACUGAUGUCGACAUCCUGCAGCCCUCCUUCAACUUCCUGUAUUGGAACCUGCAGCAGACCACGCCCAGCAGUCAGAAAAGAGCUGCUGCGGUUCUUCUGAGCAGCACGGCCCUGAUCGUGCUUCUGGAGAGGAUGCUGGCGCUCACCUGGGCAGAGACAGACUCUCCCACGACCACGCUCCUCUGCUCGGCCUGGCUGCUCACUGCCUCCUUCUGUGCCCAGCAGCACCAUGGCAGUUUGCAGGUUCACCAGACGUUGUCUGUGGAACUGGACCAAGUGAUGAAGGCACUCAGCUUUCCAAAGAAAACGGCUGCACUGCUCUCAGCCGCCAUCUUACGCUUCCUGCGGACAGCCCUGCAACAAAGCUUUUCCUCCAGCCUGGUGGCCCUGGUGCCCUCAGAGGCCCAGCCACCAGCAGCCCCUGAGGAUGCUGUCCUAGCUCCACUGGGAACAUCGCAAGUACUUUCCUUGGUCAUUGGGCUGCAGAACCUCCUGGUGAAGAAGGACCCUCUGUUGUCCCAGGCCUGUGUCGGCUGUCUGGAGUCUUUGCUUGACUACCUGCAUGCCCGGAGCCCAGACAUUGCACUGCAUGUGGCCUCCCAGCCCUGGAACCGGUUUUUGCUGUUUACCCUUUUGGACGCUGGGGAGAAUUCCUUCCUGAGACCCGAGGUCUUGAGGCUCAUGACCCUGUUUGUGCGGUACCGGAGCAGCAGCGUCCUCUCUCGUGAAGAGGUGGGUCAUGUUCUGCAAGGCGCGGCUGUGGCUGACCUGUCUACCUUGUCCAACGCCACACUCCAGGCCCUGCGCGGCUUCUUCCUGCAGGUCCAGAGCACGGGUCUCCUGACUGAUGACAACGCAGCCAAGACGCUGCAGGCCUUCCUGGAGGGCCUGUCGCCCGGCGCCCCCUCAGCCCAGCUACCCCCGCAGGACAUGCUCUGCUUGGGAGGGGUGGCCGUCUCCUUGUCCCACAUCAGCGACUGA